UUGGUGAGCCUGGACCAUCACAGCCUGGUGAGCCUGGACCAUCACAGCCUGGUGAGCCUGGACCAUCGCAACGUGGUGAGCCUGGAUCAUCACAACCUGGUGAGGCUGGAUCAUCCACGGCCACAUUUGCGGCACCACGGAGGUUAGUCCAACGCCAACAAACUCUUGCAAAUGUCAUCACCAGAAGGCAAGCAUACCCAGCGGAAUCAGCAAAGAAAAAACACCUUGAUUCUCACCUACUUAAAAUGAUAGCUAUUGAUAUGCAACCUAUAUCAUUGGUUGAAAAUGAAGGAUUCAAGGAAUUUGUAAAGGUGCUCGAUCCGCGCUAUAUUCUUCCUAGUAGGAGGGAGCUCAUGAGGACACAUUUUCCUUCUCUCUACGAAAAUCAAGUACAGCAAGCUUGAAGUGAAUUGGAGGGGGCCAGUUUUGUCACUCUCACUUCUGAUCUUUGGACCUCAAGGCAGACUAAAUCAUUUCUAAGUGUGACUUGCCAUUUCAUAUCACCAGAAUGGGAGCUGAAGUCAAGCCACACAUCACAAAACAUUGCAGAUGCACUGAUAGAGAUAUGUGAGGAAUGGAACGUGAUGGAAAAAGUCUAUUGCAUAGUAACAGAUAAUGCUGCCAAUAUGAUAAAAGCAGUGAAAGACAUCAUAAAAACAGGACACAUUGGAUGCUUUGCUCACACACUGAAUCUUGUUGUUCAAAACGCAAUAAAGAACACAGGGGAAGUGAAGGAGGUGCAGGACAAAAUCAAAGCCAUUGUCUCAUUCUUUCACCAUAGUGUGAAAGCUUCUGAUAAGUUAGGUGCAUUGCAAGUACAACAGGGAACAGAGAAAAAGAAACUAAUAAUAGAUGUGGAAACGAGGUGGAACUCCACAUUCUAUAUGUUGGAAAGAUUUCAGGAGCAACAUCAAGCUGUUACCACAGCCCUGUGUGUGCUUGGGAGAGGUAGCAUGUGCUUAUCAAGUGAGGAGUUGAAAACUGUAAAAAAAUCCAUCUCUGUGCUACAUCCUUUUGAAUUAGUAACUAAAGAACUUUCAUCAGAAAAAAUAACCUGCUUAUCAAAAGUUAUACCAAUGAUCAAAGCCCUGCGAAGCUGUAUGUCUUCUAGGAAUGACACAGAAAGAAGUGAAUUAUACACAACAUUUGCUUUGGGAAAGGAGCUAAAAACACUAUUAGACAGAAAGUUUGGAUCACUGGAGAGCAAUUUCCUUCUUGGAGCAGCGACAUUGCUGGAUCCAAGAUUUAAAACUGCCCUUUGCUGA